AGAAAUAAAUAAAGAUAAAUAUUUUUUAUUUUUUUUUUACGAUGAAGUCGUAAUAUUUGAUAUUUUACUUCAAAGAAGGCUGAGAAGGUUCCACAAUAUAUGUCUGUGUGAGCGAGUUGCGUGUCCUGCAGUUGUCCAAGAAGCAUCCGGUUUAAAUGUAAACAUUCUGCUGGUCUCCCGCGAGCGUCGAACGUUCGAGCCUUCCAUCUCAUUGUGACGUCAGCGCUGUUUCAAUGAAAAAGAGUGCGAAGCGCUGAACAAUCUGUUGGGUGAUCAGGAGUCAGGUGAGUCAGUACUCCAUCAAGUUCUCUCUUUACUCCAGUAAAUAUUUACCUUAAAUAGUUAUUGAGCUAUAUUAAAAGUAGAGUUUUCCUGCAACCACAUACAAUAUUAAAUUACUGCUAGCAACAAUUUGAAUUCUGUUUCUCAUCUCUCUAGAAUAUGGUUAAUGAGAAUUGUGUUGAAAAAAUGGAUCGAAAGAGCAAAAAGGAGCAGAAGAAAAGGAAGAAAUGGGGCAGGUCUGUGUCAUCUUCUCCAGAUGUGGUGGUGUCAGCCGCUGCACCUGCUGAAGGUGUCCAAACUCCCUCUUCAUCCUCCCGGAAGCACAAGUUUCCAUCUCUGCGCCGGGUUUUCCGCAGAAUGCUAUCUUUUCUGCCGUGUGUGUCCUCAUGUGAGGUGGCUGAGUCGAUCGAGACUCGGUCAAUCAGCGUCGACACACGUGAUGAUGAUGCUUCCUCACCUGCAGUCAGCAGAUCUUCUGAUCCAGAGGUUGAACUGCAGGCUGAGACCCAGGAGAAAGAAGCAAUCAAAGGUGAGAAAAUGCCUUUACAUGUUUGAAUCUCAUACAUCUUUUCCAGUAUGCACAAUAGAAAAUUGUAAUAAAUCAGUAUCUUCAACAGAUGUAGCUGGAGAGCAAAGCUCCACUUCCAGCACUGAAGAUACUUCCACAUCCACAGACGGAAGACCUUCAGAUCUGCUGUAUGCAAUCCUGGGAUCGGAAGCUACUGGAGGAGAAUCAAGCACCUCGAUCAGCACCGAUGGUUCUUCCUCAUAUGGUCCAUCAGAUCUGGAGACCAGUGGAGUUUACACUUCCUCCAGCGCUGAGGAUUCCUCCUCGUCUCUAGAAGAUCAUCCAUCAGAUCUGGAGACCAGUGGCGUUUUCACCUUCUCCUCCUCUGAAGACAUUGAGAAGAUUGAUCUGCUGGCUGAACUUCAGGCUACUGCGGUUCUUGAAGAUGCAGCUGGCGAUCAAGUCACCUCUGAUGCAGAUCUUGACUACAUCCUCGGUGUGAUUGCUAGUAUGAGGGUGCAGUCCGCUGGUCUGUCCCGUGCUGAAAUACUGCAGCUGAUACAGGGCAGUCCUCGGCCGGAGCAGAUGGAGGUCGAGCAGCAGAUCAGUGACAGAGAGACGGAGGACGAGGUCCAGUCGGAUGAUGUUGUGGCGACAGCACGGCCGACCAAAAUCAAGCACUUGGGUUUUCCCAAUUUAGGAAACACGUGCUACAUGAACUCUGUGUUGCAGUGCCUCCUCACCGUUUCCCCGUUCCGGGACGAUGUGCUUUCCCAGCGGGAACGGUGGAAUGACGGAAGCACGAUGCUCAGGGCGCUCAGCGACCUGCACAUGACCAGGCUGACCGGGAAUGACAAGAAUCUGAAAGCAAAGCUUUUGUUUUCGGUGAAGAGAUGCAUUGAAACUCUCCACCCUGAUUUCUUGGGAGACCAUCAGCAGGACGCACAUGAGUUCCUGAUGGUGUGCUUGGCCCGUCUUAAAGAAGAGGGCGAGCUUCUGCAGAGCUCCUGGCCUCAGUACACCUGUCCCGUAGCUAACAUGGAGUUCCUGCUCAAGCGCCGGCGCACCUGCGACAGCUGCGGCUUCCAGAGUAGCUUCACAGAGGAGUCCAACUACCUCUCUCUAGUCAUCGGUCCUCAAGGGUGCCUCGUCGACAGCCUGCAGCAGUACUUCAAAACGUCUUCAUUUGAAUGCUCCUGCAGCGAGUGUGCCGGCCGUGAGGCGUCGGAGGCGUUGGAGCUAAUCAGUCUGCCGCGGUACGACACCUCGUCCUGCAGAAUCACUAAACACAAUAACUCCAAGUUCAUAACUUCUGAAUCUGAAUCUCUCCACAGGGUGCUCGUCCUUCUGGUCAUGCGCUUUGACAUCACAUCCUCAAUGCGCAAGAUGAAAAAUCGACUGCACGUUCCAGAAGACUUCGCACUGUCCUGCGAUAAAGAGAGCAGAGAGAUGAGAGUGAUACCGAGAAAAAGCCUGAAGCAACAGCAAGAGAGAACGAAGACAGAUAGGGUUGAGACUGCAGGACAACAGGUGGAGGCAUCAGACGGACGCAGCGCUGCUCAGUACAGCCUCGCUGGAGUCGUGUCUCAUCUGGGCAGCAGUUUGUAUUGUGGUAAGAGCUUCUUCUGUAUCUUCUGUCGUCUCGUUCACUCGUUCGGCGUCACGCUACAGCUGCUCUGUCGUGUAGGGCACUACAUCAGUCACAUCCGUGACUUCUCCGGAUCCGGAUGGCUGAGAUGCAGUGACACCCGCAUCAGAAGAUCCAGCUGGUCCAAGGCGUCGAGGAACAUCGGGAAGAACGGAUACGUGCUCUUCUACGUGAAGAGGUGGAUAUCACCACAGCACUGGUGCUUAAACGUGACUCACUGCUCAGUUCUCUUAUAUUAAGACACGGUUGUGUUCUAACUGUAGUUCAGCAGGAGCUGGUUGAUGCAAGUGAAGGGAGUUACAUCUAAAGCCAAACAUAAGCUUAGAGAAGAUCCUUCUGCGGUUCCUCCUCAACAUCCUGGGAAUCUCAUCUCUGUUCGGGUCGACAUCGGAGAGACUUCUCCAUCAGUGGAUCCACAUGCAAUCCCAGGAAAAGCAGGAUUGGCUCGUUGCAUAUGAAUUUUACCUGUUAUAGAUGUUCUCAUGAUCUCAUAUCAAUAAGGUUUAUAUUACUAAUAGUACUAUUCUACUCAUUUUAACCGAGCCAGUGGCAUUUGAAACUUAUAUGUAUAACUUAUUUAUAAUUUUACAAUAUGUAUAAAAACAAGUUAAUAUUACAUUGC